GUCCUUCUGAGCCACUGAUCACGAGCCUCACUUUUCCACCCGACUCAGUGUCUUAAAGAUGGUGCUCCUUUUUGCCGUCCUGUGUGGGUGUGCCGUGGCUUUGGAGCCCGCUUUUAAGUUUGACUGGACACCUCCCCUCGAAGUCAUUCCUCAUGGACCUCCUCGUGCUCAUGUCCGUGUCGUGGGUGGCUCUGAGGCAGUACCACACAAAUACCCAUACCAAGCUGCUUUGAUUAAUUAUUCCUAUUUUGAAUGCGGAGGCGUCCUGGUUAGUGACCAGUUUGUGCUGACUGCUGCCCAUUGCGUGACUAAAAGUAGAGCAAAAUACUCGGUACUUUUGGGCGGCCACGAUUUAACAGGCCGGGAGGAAUCUCAUCAGAUAAUUGACGUUGAGAAAGUAUUCAUUCAUCCGAAUUACAGUUUCGAGAAGUCGGUUUCGAGCGACAUAGCGGUAUUGAAACUAAAGACGAAAAUCAAAAUGAACAGUAAAGUCUCCCCCAUUCACCUGCCGAAGGACAACGUGUAUACUGGAAUGCCCUUAGUGUUAACUGGUUGGGGCGCCACCAAGACAGGAGUACAAUCAUUUUCGGUUCUCCAAGUAAUGUCGACUUCUGCCAUCGGUCUGAAUCACUGCAAGCAGGCGUUUCCAUGGUUGGACAGCAGCAUGUUCUGUGUGUACGUGCCAGAAUCGUCAUCAACCGUAUGUAAUGGCGACUCAGGAGGUCCAGCAGCUUACAACAACUCCGUCAUGGGGAUCGUUUCCUUUGCUGCGAAGGGGUGUUUACCAGAGUACCCACAAGGUUUUACGAAUGUCUUUGCGGCCAAGAACUGGAUUGAGAAUGUGAUGGAAGGAUCGGAACGUUCUGCAUCCGGUCCCUCGCUGCCUAUUCCGUGCACUCUUUUAGUUCUGUUUUUGGUACUUGUUUUAGUGUACCCCUUUCUGUAAGAAUAUUUCUAAGGCGGCACUUGGAGUUCCCUUAAGGUUGAAUGGAACUUAUCCAUUUGUUUAUCUUCUAUUGGAAUAUGUAACUUAAUAAAGGACUCAUAUAUCAUGUAAA